AGGAGCAGCAACCAGCAGCACAGUGAGCAAAUAUGUCCAACACCAGCAUGAACAUGGGCAGGGCCACCUUCUAUGAGGACAGGAACUUCCAGGGCCGCUCUUAUGAGUGCAGCUCCGACUGCCCUGACAUGUCCUCCUACAUGAGCAGGUGCCAAUCCUGCAGGGUUCAGAGUGGCUGCUUCAUGGCGUACGAGCGCCCCAACUAUAUGGGAAACCAGUACUUCAUGAGGAGGGGAGAGUACUCAGACUACCAGAGUAUGAUGGGAAUGAGCGAUGGUAUCAGGUCCUGCCGCAUGAUCCCCAUGCACCGUGGAAACUUCAGGAUGAGGAUCUACGAGAGGGAGAACUUCGGAGGUCAGAUGCACGAGAUGAUGGACGACUGUGACUCCAUCCAGGAGCGUUACCGCAUGUCCGACUGCCAGUCCUGCAACGUGAUGGACGGCCACUGGCUGAUGUACGAGCAGCCCCACUUCAGAGGCAGGCAGAUGUACAUGAGGCCUGGAGAGUACAGGAGCUUCAGGGAUAUGGGCAUGGGAAUGGGAGGCAUGAGCGGUGGCAUGAGGUUCAUGAGCAUGAGGCGUAUCAUGGAUAACAUGACUAUGUAAUUUUCUCAAAGGUUGUACGGAAAUGGUUGAUUAAAUUUAUUUCAACAUUUUAAAA